AUGAAGCCCAAGAAGCAGCACGAGGUCCGCGCGGUCUGCAACGUCGUCGGCGACUUGCUCGGUGCCCAGGCGGCCGCCAGCGUCGUCGUUGACCUGGGAUCAGGCAAGGGCUACGUUCCGCAGUGGCUGGCAGCUGCGCUCGGCGCCACUGUCGUGUGUGUCGAGGGCGAGGCCGCGUACACCGCAUCGGCCAAGAAGCGGUUGGCCAAGAUCGUGGCCCAGAUCGCCAAGCGUGAGCCCGACCGCGCUGCCGCGCUCGACGCAGCCGUCCACCACGUGGUCGCCCGGCUUGAGCCGGACCAGCCGUGUCCGCCUCUCGUUCCCGACACUCUGGCCAGCGCUGCGUCGACCACUGUCCUCAUGGGCCUGCACACCUGCGGCGAUUUGGCUGCCACCGUCAUGCGGUCGUACGUGGCGUCGUCAUUUCAUGCUCUCGCUCUUGCCCCGUGCUGCUACAACUUGCGGACCGAGGCCGGCUUUCCUCUCUCGAUCGGUGUCGGUGCCCCGCUCGCCGACGCCGGUGUGGUCAUCGGUGGCAACGAGCGCAACACAUCUGUCCACUGCGUCCACAAGUGGGCCGACGCCCAGUUUCGUGAGAAUGAGCUCGUCGAUCGCAUUGAGGCCUUGUUUGUCCGCGCUGCUGCCGGCUACAUGGCAACAGCUGCCGCCGCCAGCACCUCCGCACCACUGCCAAGCGGUUCGGCUGCCAUCUGGCGCGACGACGCACUCGCCACCGCCCGCCGCCUCGCGCCGGACGCCGAUCCCACGCACCUCGCAGCGCACUACGACUCUCUGGUCUCUGCCGCCGGUGGGAGCGAAGAGCUCGCUUUUGCCCGCUAUUCCGCCCUCUACACUCUGCUCAACGUCCUCGCACCCGUCCUCGAGAUGAUGUUUCUCGUCGACGGUGCCGCCUACCUACACGAAGCCGGCAUCCAUGCCCAAGUCCGUGAAGUAUUCGACGGCAUCCUCUCGCCACGAGCCCACAUGAUCAUCGCCCGUCGAUCGCCACAAGCGCCGCCGCACCUACCUAGCCUGGCUGCUGGCAGAGUGACGUCCGAGUCAUAG